ACCCGAUCCCCUCGCCCUCGCACCGCCGCCGCCCGCCGAUUCCAACCAAGCAGCAUGCCGCCGCCGCCGCCGCCGCAGCUGUUGGACGAGCUCGUCGAGGAGGUCCUCCUCCGCUUCCCGCCUGAUGACCCAGCGAGCCUCCUCCGUGCGGCUCUCGUCUGCAAACGCUGGAGCCGCCUCGUCUCCGCCCGACGCUUCCGCGCCCGGUUCCGCGGCUUCCACCGCGCGCCCCCCAUGCUGGGCGCCGUCGUCAACGACGACGGCUUCGUGCCCACGUCCUCCUUCCGGCGCCAGGUCCACGCCGAGCUCCGCCGCGGCUGGAUGGUGCUCGACGCCCGCCACGGCCGCGUCCUCUUCCACAGCGUGAACUGCUAUUCCCAGCCGUGGGUCCCAACCCUCGCUCUCUGGGACCCAUUCACCGGCGAGCGGCGGGAGCUUCCGAGGAUGCCGCGGGUGCCUCAAGUGCAUGAAAAACUCAAGUUGCUGUUGCAAGUUCUUUAAGACGAAGAAGGAAAUGUGUACUGGUGAUGCAGAUGGCAUAUAUGUGUUUCGUGGCUUGUAACACUUUUCAUGAAUGGCAGCGCAGUUCUGCUUGCCUUCAUGCUUUCUGGAUCGUUGCCUAGUGGUUUAAUGGAUCGUCAGUAGUCUCUCUUACCUUAUGUUUUUCAGCUUGCUAGUUUGUUUAAAGCGUCUGUUGGACUUAUCUGUAAGAUGUUAACGUAGCGGCACCAGCAGCAUUGAUCUUGCCCUAUGUUAAGCUUUGCAGUGAGAGUGUGAGACCUUGGAAUGAACAUGCUAUUAUAGUAUUGUCUCCCUUAUCUACAA